AUGGCUGACGGUAAACAAAGCUGGUGGCAGGCUCAUUAUCGAUGGGUGAUCAUGGUCAUUGUUUUAGUGAUCGGGUUCGGUUUAAUCGCCGCUGUUGGAGUUUGGUUACGACGUCGCCAUGACCUGAAGAAAGGUCGACUGCUUGGUCCUGGUCGAGUCUACGGAAAUCCUCUCGUUAAUAAAACACUACCACCACAAAUACAAUCCGCCUCUCUUUCGCAAUCGCAAUCGCAAUCCGGUGUUCUACCUGUCUCUACUGUUCCAAGUCAACAAUCACGCAGUAUCCCAGCCUCAACGAGAAAUAGUUCCCAUUCGAAUAUCUCCAGUGUACCUGUACCGACUAGCAAACGAUUACAAAAACCAAAUACGGUCGCUGAAGUUGAGCAUCAACCGGAGACAAGUCAAGUCUCUCAAUCAUAA